AUGGCCAAACCGCAGACGAAGCAAUUGUUGGCCCAUUGCCUCAAUGGGAAAUACUUUGGCAUGAUGCCGAACCUCUUUAAGGAUCCGAAUAAAACGAUUGUGAGGGAGACUUUCGUGCCGCAUCUGAGACUCUCCUACAAUCCCCUCAAGUACUACCUGAGCAAGCUGCAGCUGUGGAAGCUGCGCUGGACCUGGGACCGCGACUUCCGGCAGGACGCCUUUCUGGAGCACACCAAGGAGCUGGCGGUCAAGCUGACGGACAUUGUGAAGCUGCGGGACAACGCCAAGACGGCCGAUGACUUUUACACAUCGAAUGUGACCUUCCAGAUGGCCAGCGAGGCCACCAAGCUGCCCCACGAGUGCUGUGCGGAUCUGAUGCGCUUCCGCCGCCAGGACAUACAGCAGGCGUUGCCCGUCAAUGUGGAGAUGUACAACAUUUACGGGCUGCGCUAUGCAGUCGUCGAUGUGGCCAUGGUGGGCCUGCGCGACGUCGCCAGCUCUGAGACGCAGUCGGAUCUCGAGUCCAUGAAGCGGGCUCUGAUCCAGAUGGAUUCACGCUUCGAGGAGCAGCUCUACAAACCCGAUCACCCGAUGCCGCACGUAUUCAUCGAGCUCUUUCUGCGCUUCCGCCGCAACUAUUCCCAGCCUCAAUUGAUGUCCGCCGAGGAGCAAAUCGACGAACCCAACCGCUGGAUCGUCACCAAGUACAAGAUUUGCAAGUUCCACGUUUUCACAGCGCCGCCACUACGACAAUAA